UAAAACUUUUAAAUAUCUCCACCAUCUGUUUCAAAUUUCUGGUGGUGAGCCUGGUGUCAAUAAUAAUUCAACCAGUAAUUUGUUUGUUUGUUUAUUUGGUCAUUUGAAACUGGUGCGCAAAUCACAGAGUCCAAGAGAAAAAAGAGAGAAAGAGAACAGAGGGAACAUGAUAAAUAGCAUGGAAGACAUCAGAAGCAAACAGUUUAAGGCAUUGAACUAAACUUCUCUCUUUACCACAUAUCCUUGUCUGAAGUGAACCUUUGUCCCAAAAACCUUCCUUUUUCAGUUAUAUGUUCACCACCUCCAUUUUCAAUUGAAACUCAAGAAUGGGAGACAAAGAGGUGAAGGAAGAACAAAAGGGUGGAUUCAGGGCUUCCAUGUUUAUCUUCGUGUUGUCAGCACUGGACAACAUGGGUUUUGUAGCAAACAUGGCGAGCUUGGUUCUAUACUUUUAUGGGGUGAUGCACUUUGAUCUGUCCAACUCUGCCAACACCCUGACAACCUUUUUGGGCUCAACUUUCUUGCUCUCCCUAGUUGGUGGUUUUAUCUCGGACACAUACCUCAACAGACUCACCACAUGUUUGUUUUUCGGAUCACUCGAAGUUUUGGCUUUGGUAAUGCUCACAGUUCAAGCUGCUCUGGACCAUUUACACCCGGAUUCUUGUGGCAAGUCGAGCUGUGUCAAAGGGGGCAUAGCUGUCAUGUUUUACACGUCAUUGUAUUUAUUGGCUUUGGGCAUGGGAGGAGUGAGAGGUUCCUUGACUGCAUUCGGUGCUGACCAAUUUGAUGAAAAGAAUCCAAGAGAAGCAAAGGCUCUUGCAAGCUUCUUCAAUUGGCUUUUGCUGAGUUCAACCUUGGGAUCAAUUAUAGGGGUCACUGGGGUUGUUUGGGUUAGCACCCAAAAGGCUUGGCACUGGGGCUUUACCAUAGUAACAGUAGCUUCCGCCAUUGCCUUUCUCACUCUUGCUCUUGGCAAGCCAUUCUACCGCGUCAAAACCCCUGGUCAAAGCCCCAUUUUGAAGAUUACUCAGGUUAUUUUCGUGGCUUUCAAAAAUCGGAAGCUACCACUGCCAGAGUCACAUGAAGAACUUUAUGAGGUCUAUGAAAGUGCUAAGUUAGAGAGGAUUGCACAUACCAACCAAAUGAGGUUUCUAGAUAGGGCCAGCAUUCUUCAACAGAACAUUGAGCCAGAAGCAUGGAAGGUGUGCUCAGUGACGCAAGUAGAAGAAGUAAAGAUCCUAACCAGAAUGUUACCGAUAUUAGCCAGCACCAUUAUAAUGAACACUUGUUUAGCACAACUUCAAACAUUCUCAGUUCAGCAGGGGAAUAUGAUGAACCUGAAACUUGGUUCUUUUACUGUGCCAGCUCCAUCAAUUCCAGUGAUCCCCCUGCUUUUCAUGUCCCUCCUAAUUCCCAUCUAUGAAUUCAUGUUUGUGCCAUUCGCACGAAAGAUCACUCACCACCCUUCUGGGGUUACUCCACUUCAAAGAGUUGGUGUUGGGUUAGUACUUUCUUUCAUUUCAAUGGCAGUAGCUGGCAUAGUAGAAGUGAAAAGAAGGGAUCAAGGACUAAAGGAUCCUUCAAGGCCAAUAAGUCUGUUUUGGCUAUCUUUCCAAUAUGCUAUAUUUGGAAUUGCGGACAUGUUCACUCUUGUAGGACUCCUAGAAUUCUUCUACAGGGAAGCACCUGAAACAAUGAAGUCACUGUCAACUUCUUUCACAUAUUUGUCCAUGUCUCUUGGUUACUUCUUAAGCACAGUCUUUGUGGAUGUCAUUAAUGCUGUCACCAAAAGGGUCACUCCAAGCAAGCAGGGAUGGUUGCAUGGCUUAGACUUGAAUCAAAACAACCUUAACUUGUUCUAUUGGUUUUUAGCAAUCCUAAGCUGUGUAAACUUUUUUAACUACCUUUACUGGGCCUCUUGGUACAAGUACAAAGCUGAUGAAGACAGCAAUUCAAUGGUGAAUUUGAAAACUCUCAAAAGUGUUGAUGAGGAAGAAAAGAAGAAUGGAAAAGUUAAGGCUAAAGAAAGCAGCCAAACAAGUGAAGCCAACACUGAGGGACCCUCCUCCUCUGAUGAAACAGAUGAUGGAAGAAACUCUAGAGAAUGGAAGCACAGAUAAGGUCAUGAGGCUCAAGACACCAUUUGGUAUUAAGGAUUAGAUAUGAUAAACAUAUUAUGUGAAAACACUGGAAUAGAUAGUGCUUCAAAUCUCUCUUAUCCUACAUGUGUGCUUAUUGUAUGAUUGAUUGACACUGUUCAUUCUGGCACCAUCUGGGUGUCGGUUCUGAGCAGAGUCAAACUUUUUUUUUAAUGUGUUCUUUUUAGUUUCAUAAGUUUCUUAAUUAUUCACCUUAAACUGUAAUUGUCUACUAAGAGGUGCUUAGUUCAUUGUUUAAUGAAGUCAGAGAAUCUAUACUCGUUUCAA